GGUUGUGAGCCACCAUGUGGUUGCUGGGAUUUGCACUCAGGACCUUUGGAAGAACAGUCAGUGCUCUUACCCCGCUGAGCCAUCUCACCAGCCCACUCAUGACUUUCUUUUUCAGCUUCCUCAGUAUUGGGAAUACAGAAGUGAUCCACUAAGCUAAACUUUGUUUCUCAGCCUAAAUGGGCGUGCAUUCCUUUAAUCCUGAGCUAGAGAGAUCUCUGUGAAUUCCAGGCCAUUCUAGUCUACAGAGUGAGUUCCAAAUCAACUAUGGCUACACAGAGAAACCCUGUCUCGAAAAAAACAAACAAACAAAUAAACAAAUAAAUAAAUAAUAAAAAUGAGUGCUGCGUCUGUGUAAACGUUAGAUGAGCCGGCAUAACUGCGGUAAUCCAUCUUUCUCCCCGCCUUUCACGCUUCUUCAGCCUCCCCGUGCUCUCAGCUAACUAAAUCGAGAGCCUGCCUGUAAAGAACUACAUUUCCCGUCGACUUCCGCGCUCAACAAUAGGAACGUUUCCUUCCUGCCGAAGUCUUCUCCUCCUAGAUCGCGCCAGGCUCCGCCCUGCUGCCGCUAAGCCUCAAAGCGGAGGGUCCCAGUGUCCCAACCAGGCAUGGCUGAUCCCCACCAGUUUUUUGAUGACACGAGUUCUACCCCAAGCCGGGGCUAUGGAGGCCAGCCAUCACCUGGUGGUCUGGGUUACCCCACCUCUUCAUCCGACGCAGCCUUCCUGGCUGCCCCUAUGUCCAACAUGGCGAUGGUCUACGGGAGCAGCCUGGCCGCUCAGGGCAAGGAGCUGGUAGAUAAGAAUAUCGACCGCUUCAUCCCCGUCAGCAAGCUCAAGUAUUACUUCGCAGUGGACACGGUGUACGUGGGCAAGAAGCUUGGGCUGCUGGUCUUUCCCUACCUUCACCAGGACUGGGAGGUACAGUACCAACAGGACACCCCAGUGGCCCCCCGCUUCGACAUCAAUGCUCCAGACCUCUACAUUCCAGCCAUGGCUUUCAUCACCUACAUCUUGGUGGCCGGCCUUGCACUGGGGACCCAGGACAGGUUCUCCCCAGACCUCCUGGGACUGCAGGCGAGCUCGGCUCUGGCCUGGCUGACUCUGGAAGUCGUAGCAAUCCUGCUCAGUCUCUACCUGGUCACUGUCAACACCGACCUCACCACCAUUGACCUGGUGGCCUUCUUGGGCUACAAAUAUGUGGGGAUGAUUGGCGGCGUCCUCACGGGUCUGCUCUUUGGAAAGAUCGGCUACUACCUGGUGCUUGCCUGGUGCUGUGUGUCCAUCUUUGUGUUCAUGAUCCGGACACUGCGGCUCAAGAUCCUGGCCCAGGCAGCGGCUGAAGGAGUGCCGGUGCGUGGGGCGCGGAACCAGCUGCGCAUGUACCUGACUAUGGCAGUGGCAGCUGCGCAGCCGGUACUCAUGUACUGGCUCACCUUCCACCUUGUACGGUGAGCUGCGGCCUGGCCUCCAGCUCCCACACUCAUCUCGCUUGACCAGGGCUCCCGCCCUCCAGGCCCGCGCCCUCCCUCCUAGCCAAGGUGCUCCUGUCGCCUACUGCACACCCGCAACAAUAAACCUGAUGGGCUCGGCGC